CGGAGCACAUGCUCGCCUUAGUGCCGGCGGGAGCGGGAGGAGGGCGGUGUGCGUUGUGUCGGUGUGCAGAGGGAGCGGUGGGGGUCGAGCGAACCUCCCAGUGACUUCGCAGCCCUCGGGUGUCCGUGUCCCCGUCCCGUGUGAGGGCUGCCGGUGUCCCCCACCCGGCCCUGCCUUGCCGCAGCCGCCCCGCGGGAUGCGGGUUCGGCCCUGUCCCCCGCUGGCCCCGUCCCCCCCGCCGGCCGCAGCAUGAGCGCGGCGAGCGAUGCGUACGUCUUUAUAAAAGACAUAAAACCGGGAUUGAAAAACUUAAAUGUCGUCUUUAUUGUGCUGGAGAUCGGGCGAGUCACCAAGACCAAGGACGGGCACGAGGUGAGGUCCUGCAAGGUGGCCGACAAGACGGGCAGCAUCAUCAUUUCCGUGUGGGACGAGAUUGGCAGCCUCAUCCAACCGGGGGACAUCAUUCGCCUCACCAAAGGGUAUGCGUCUCUGUGGAAAGGAUGCCUGACACUUUACACGGGGCGAGGAGGCGAGCUGCAUAAAAUUGGGGAGUUCUGCAUGGUAUACUCAGAAGUGCCAAACUUCAGUGAACCCAACUCAGAACAUACUGGACAGAACAAACCGGCACAAGGCGAACAGAAUAAUAGUUCUGCUUCAAGUAAUAUGGGUUCUUGUACGUUCGGGCCGAUGGGAAAUGGUUUACAAACUGGACCUGAAUCAAGUGGAUUUCCAUUUACAUAUAAUCACGGCCACUCUUACGCAGGUAGUGGGAGAGGCAAUGGACGAGGACCUGUAAAUCCAGCAACAGCUAAUAGCGUUCAGCCUCUUCCCCCUGCUGUCAGUAAUGGGAGGGACCCACGCAGAGCCUUUAAAAGAUGACUAUGCCAAAUGUGGUUGUACAGCUUGCUUGAACUCUACACUCUACUUGAACACUUAUUGCACUUUUAUUUAUGGUUAACUGUGAACCGGUUUGUCUUUUUUUUUUUUUUUUUUUUUUAAAAAAAACCUUUUGGCCUAUGGAGCAAACUUGAUGUGAUCUUUUUGUUUUGCUUAGGGAAGCACAGGGAGUCUUCCCAUAAAUUAAAUGGGCAGGGAGAAAAGGUGGGUAUAAUAAAGAGGGUUGAGGGGUAAUGGUUUGAAGAGUGCGAAUUAAAACUUGGUACCCUUUGUCAAAUGGAAGAAAAAUUUGGUAAUGUGUAUGUAUUUUUGUUUCUCUUGGUCAGCCAUAUAGCCUUAAAUGGUUUGUAACGUCCUGUGUGCUCACACGUUGACUUCCAUUAGGGUUAGUGGGAGUUCUUCGUAUUGGAAGAGAAAUGACGGAGAAGGGCGAAGAUGCUGUACUGAACUAGGUGUCCUUAGAGUGAAUAUAGCUUGCAAAAGCAAUAAGGAAGUGAUGUGGUCAGCACUUUGUGGUGCCUCCUAAAUCAGAACUAUCAACUCAGACAGAAGUUGAAGGCCGCGGGAGUGUCUUGAGGCCUGACCUCUGAUUCCAAAAACCUGUAUGCUCUUAUAAAAAAAAAAUUCUCAAUAAUAUGCCAUUAUUAGUGUCAAAGAGAGCGACACUGAUUCUUUUUGCUUUGGGGAGAAGCUUGGUUACUCGUUCUUGUUUUGCUUGGAAUGUAACAGAUCUAAAUCCGAGUAGCGCUGGAGGAUGUUGUUAGUAGCUGUUCCUGGUGCAAAAGCCCAGAGCUACCGUUCCAGGUCUCAGAGUCUCCAGGAAAGAAUGAGUUUCAGAAACUGUUCUCAAAUGCUGCAUUGCAUAUCUCUUCAAUGAGACCGCCUACUUUUCCUUCAUUUGCUUUUCCUAAUGCAUUAUACAUUACAUCAAGCUGGAUGUGUUGAUUGCAGAGGUACUGGCCGAGCACACAGCUGCAGUUCUGAUGCUGUAAGCUUUUGUCCCUCUGUUUUAUAUGGAAUGUGAGUUAUCUCUUAGAGAACUUAACCCCCACCCCGAUCUUCCUGGGAAGGAAGUUGCUGUGGAUUUAUAUCUGAGAUUACAAUGUUUGACUCUAGAGAUAAAGAGCUUUGUGCCAUAUUUCGUAUCAGGUUUAAAAUACAACUUCGAAACUGAGGUGUUAUACUGGAUUUGUCUGUUCAACUCUUCUUAUAGCUGACCUCUCGAAUAAAAAUUGCACUAACCGUUUCAAAAACAAUUUUAACUUUCUUUGUCAAGCCAAAAAGAUUUUGUUACAAAAGGCUGUUUCUGAAUUGCAAGUUGUCUCCUUUGGCAUCGAUGUUCAUUGAAUAUAUCCUAAGUUAGUGAUGUUUACAAGAUAUGUUUGGUACUCAUGAGAUGAUUUGUUGACAGUGGCCUCUAAGGGGCAAAGGUUCCUUGCUUAAUUCUGAACUACCAAUCUGUCUUUUAAAAGCAGGUGGCAGCAGCAACAGAUAUCUGAAGGAAGCUCUAGGGAGACCUGUGUGCUGUUUGUCUCCAGUUGAAGUGCUUUCCUAAUUCCUGUUGCCAAAUUUGUCUUGCGUACAGGGGAGGGUGACGUGCCUCCUGAGGACGCUCGCUGGUGCUGAUACAGGAGAACGGUGGUAACUUGUAAACCUAAAGCAUGCAGUGAAUUCUGGGGAGGUGGCGUAAGGAAAUGUGCAACUCAGGGACUUAACAUUGCUUAUGUAUUUAGUAAAAAAACAACAACCGUGCAUAGAAAAUAGAGAAGCUUUUAUGUGGUGUUGCAUUAAGAUGUUUGAUACGCUUGUGAGAAGGAAGCCAGGAGGACUUGUAUACCUGUGAAGUACAAGUGACGUGUUCCAAAGGUGAAUGAGAUGCAAAUAUAGUGUGAGAGCUGUGCUUUCCAGUCAUAGCUGUAACUGUAGUAAGUGAGCGAUACGAUUGAUAGCACGGUGGUGACUUCAUUUUUGUUGGGAUUUCUCAGUUGUGGAUCUCUGUGUUCGUGGUGAUCUUGGUUUCUCUACGAUAAUAAAGAAGGUUGAUUAUAGUUCUGAACCCCUUUUCGGUGUAUUCUGAGGUACCUACCUGAUGUUUGCAGCUCUAUGCGUUUAGGCUUUUUAUUAAGCUAAUAAAUGAAGUUGUUCACAUUUGAAAUUGAGAUUACUGCUGAUAAAUGAUGUGAAGUUGCAAUGUUUGCUGUCCAGUGGACCAUUGAUUUGCAGUUGAGAGGAAAAAAACCCAAGAGGCUGGUCUCCAUGUUGUCAAGGUUAGUAACGUUCUUGCUUUCAUGUUUCUUGUGUGAAACUGUUUCGGUUUAUUAAUGAGUUUUUACUUCUUUGCAGGGAAGAUGCAUACCCUGAAAAGUCGGAUGGACUUUAAUGUAGAUAUAGCAACUUCUCAAGGUUCCUCUGAGCUUCCUGUGAAGCUAAUACAAAAAACCAAGUUCUUUCCCUCAGAGGUAGCAGUGUCAACAUAGAGAGCUCUCAACUUGCAGAGACAUCUGGGAACCCGCUUUGCAUCUGGAUCCUGUCACCUUGCCGUAUGGAGGCUUGCACAGAAACAUUUCUCUAUGUAAACAAGCAGUGAUCAUAAAUUACCCAGACACUAGAAGCCUGUUUGUGGGGCCCACUGGUUAGGGCUGUAGUAAGUCCUUAACACAAGUCUUGAGAUAGGAAGGACACUGUCCAGGACCUUUAAGUUAUUCUCUUUCUAUGUAGUGUGGAUCACUGAAGGGAGGAGCUUGCGGGGUCUUCCCUUGUCCAGUCCAACUACAGCCUGCAGUGCAGCUGAGCUUUCAAGGCACACUUGAAUCACCUGGCAGCAGUGAAGUCUCACUAGUGCUGCACUCUUCCCCCCUACCGAAGGGACUGCUCCAGAUCAGCAAUGUGGCAAUGCCUAGUUUUGCUGUGUGCUCAAGUCCUUUCUUGGUGUGAGUUAUACCCACGCCUCCCUAAAGUGGAAAAGCAAUCCUGUACUGUGAGACACCACCUAGCCUUCAGCAUGUGGUCCACAGGGACAAGGGGGGGGAGGAGGGAGUGCUAAGUAACAUGAAACCAGUGAUUAUGCAUCACAUGCCGUGGUCUUGUGUUUACAAGUCAUCUGAAUAGCUUUGGCCUUUAGUUAAAACUGCCCAAGCUGCAGUCCUCUGCAGAUCUACAGUAUUUCACAAGUGCUAUUAAGAGCAUGGGUGUUGAGUGCUGUUUCUGCAGAGGUGCUGUGUGAGAUCUUGACCUCAGUGGAGUCUGUGUAAGUGACAGAAGUAUUGUGAGGAUGCUAGUCAUGGCCUGACAGCUCAGAUCUGUGAGCCCAAGAGAGUUCUUAUAGGCCUUAGUGCCUGUGUUUUGCUUGUGGGUUGCUUGUUCGGUGGUCCUUCUCUACAGCUCCCAUUCAUACCCUCCCAAAACAAGGAGUUGUUCUUGUAGAGGUGGGUUCUAUCGGCAGUUCCCCAAGUGCAUUGCUAGAACUAAAAAUUAGUAGUAAGGAGGAGGGUGGGUACAAGCAUUUCAGCUGGAGCUUCCCUGCUGUGUUCGCAGUGGCCCGGUGUUUUCUCUGCUUUUCUUGCAUCUAUAAAGUUUUGCCCCAUUUUGCUCUUGCCAACGAGGCAAGCAAUUCCUAGCACAGCCAAGUGCAAUCUGGCAGUGUUCUCCAGGAGAGCCCAGUGUGGCUCUGCAUGUAGAGUUAGCCGGGGGCUCACACUUGAUCAUUUCACAUUAAUCAACUUCAGGAGGUUCUCCCCUUAGCUAAGCACAGGCAUGUCAGAGGAAAGUGUGGGCACCCAGGCUCUUGUGAGAGGGUACCUAUGUCCCAUUUCAUCUCUGCAAAACCAAGCAGGGUUGGUUUUGCCAAUUGCCCUUGCUUCACUUUAAGAACUCAUUCAGAGAUGCACUUUCUGAUUUGAGCUGUGGUUACUUUUCUCAUUCCUUUCUCAGUCCCAAGGAGUUUGAUUUUGUUGCAGCCCUUUGUGGGGGUUUAUCUUUUUUGAUCCAUUCUGUGCUGGUCAUCUGCGUGCAUGUGUAUUUUUCUACACGUGAACACACAACAUUUUGCAGUGAGAAGGGAAAAAAUCCUAAGUAAGCUGGUUGCUAAGCUACAGGUGGUGGAGUUUAAAGGGAUUAUAAACUAAGUUUGGAAGUGACUAAGGGGAACAGUGAAGGACUUGGUUUAGUUUUAUAAUUUCUUCCAAUUUUUGACGUUUGAGUUUUUUCUCAGGAAGGAAGCAAUGUAGAUAAAAGAGCUGCAUCUAUAGCCACACUCCCAGCUGAUAAACAGGGAGCAGGUUUGUACAUUUCCUGGGGAGCAAGAUUAUGAAAGGUCUAAAACGUCAUCAUUUGUCAGAGCUCAGGAAGGAAACUUCUCAUGUUCAGAGGUGGCUCCCUCCUGUGUUAAUUAAGUUUGGGUGGGGACUGUGCUGCCCUCUGGAAGUCCAAGGCACUGCUGCCUUCCAGUGCUGACCAGCUGCCAUGUGGUAGGGAAAGUGGCAAGUAAAAGACAAAAUCAGCUUAAAAAUUGAUAACCUGAUCUCUAAAAUAGUGCAGUUGCAUGUUGUAGGACCACACAGGGGGGAUUUUUCUGUUUUUUUCUUUUUUCCUGAUUUUUUUUUUUUUUGUUUGAAGAGGAAGGAGAAACCCCACAUCCUGCCAUGCAGGCUAUGCAGCUGUUUGCAUGUGAUGUGUUCCACCUGGUGCUUGUGCUGUUGCCUGGGCCAGGCCCUUUGGCAUGUUCUCAGAUAAAUUCCUGCUCACCUGGGAAAGCCUUGGAGCUGGGAGGCAGUGGAGAAAGGCCUGGAACAAGAGAGCUGGUGGCUUUGGCAGGUAGAUGUUUAAAAUGCUUGGCAAAUGGUGUCAGGAGUGGCUUGGGGAGACGGGGGCUGAUUUUGGUGCAGGGCAAGAGUGAGGAUGCAUUAAAUAAUCUCCUGAAGCCCUCUCCACUGUUAUUUGCUAUGAUUUAUGCAUUAGCUUCAUUUUUGUAAUUUCCUCUUUUCCUAGGUUGAUUAAUACUAAAUCUAAUUUUCAGUAAUCAA